CCAAGAACGAAAACGACAUUAGUAAACGUCAGCAACAAAUUGAUAAAAAUAAUCAUCUUAAAUGUAAACAACAUUAAUUAGUUAUAAUUCGGUGGUGUCAAUUGCCCACUUAACGUAUAUCGAACCAUCACUUUUUGUUGAUAUUAUUAAUCGAUAUAAUUUGUUAGUUCAGUAGUAUCAAGUAAAAUGCGUAAAACAUGGGUCAAACGGGACAACAUCUACUACAAGCCGUUUUACAAACAAAAGCUAAAGAUGACCUUGCUAGGAGUGUUGCUGAUGGCCGUUGUCUUCUUUGGUUACCAGUUUUUCUACAUCAGUCAGUUGCAAACAGAAUCGGGCACGGGGAACAUUGUCCGGGUGGAGGCAGACCAACAUCAGGCUAAUAAUCAACGUGUUAAUUCAAUAGGGAACGACGCUGGUUCGGAAGUGGACGGAAUUCGGGACGAAGGUGGAGGACUAUCGGCCAGCGUUAACCAGAGUGGCAAUUCCAAGGGUCCAUCUCAGGACAGUCGCUACGUUUUCGUAGAGAAGGUAGGCAACUACGAAAAGAAGAUACUCAGGGGCAUUCGGUUAAGUGAUUUGGACCUAUACUCAGAGCGUUCGCGGUCAUCUUUUCGUUGCUUGCAAGGAAAAAGUCGGCUAAUCGAUUGGGAGAGAGUUAAUGAUGAUUAUUGCGACUGUCCAGAAGACGGAAGCGACGAACCGAGUACGAAUGCUUGUGCCCAAGGACGCUUCUACUGUCGAUUCCAGAAACGGCACCUAACCGGACGAGGUGGCUACACUUCGAUACCUAGCUCCUGGGUGAAUGACGGUAUUUGCGACUGCUGUGAUGGAUCGGACGAAUGGCUGCGGAAGCAGAAUGAUGGCAUUAUGUGCCAGAAUAUUUGCAAACAGAAGUUUCCAUAUUAGAUGGCAGAAAAGUUAUGUCUAGAACUGAUUCGUGAUUAGUAGGCAUUUCGAUGAAAAUAUGCGUAUGCGAGAACUGGUGCGAAAGGAUGUGAGUUUUUCCUACGUUAAACAAUAAAUUAAUUUAGUAUCAUA